AUGAGCACGGGAGGUGCAGUGGGAGGAGGAGGAGUACCACAGAAGCAGAUUCGUUUUGUGAAUAAUGAGGGACAACCACCUGCGAAGAGGAGGAGGGUUAAUGCUGCUUGUCGAACAUGUCGAAAACGAAAAACGAGAUGUGAUGGGAAACGACCGCUUUGUUCAACGUGUACGGAUAAUGGUCAUGAAUGUAUGGGAUAUGCGGAGGGUUCAGAUGGGGCUGCGAACUUGAUAAAAAAGGAGGUGAGGACUCCCGAGGGUGGGGAUGGUGAUGGGAACGCGCUUGACGGGGUUUCUACACCUACGCAGAUUCGAAGGCCGGGAAUUUUGAGGGAUAAUUCAAGAGAUAUGGUACCGCAAAAAUUUCAACAAAAACCGAAUACGCCAGUGUCAAAGAUGAGAUUUGAAGAUGAUCAAUUGCAUAUGAGAGAUGUGCCGAGGAGGACACAAAGCCACGACACGGGAAAUAAUCCGCCUGAAAGUCAAAGGCUUGAUUAUAGAGAUACGGUUCUAUUUCCAGAUGAUGGCAUUAGCCCUAUAGAAAGGGAACAACCGCUACUUAGUGAAAGCACUAUCAGUGAGAGUCAUCGAGUACCAUAUUUCAGAUAUUUUGGUCCAACCGCCAUCGUACCUGGAUUCAAACAAAUGGUUGUUUCUGUUCGGGAACAGAGAAGAAGUAUGGGGGCUCGUUCUUCUUCCUCUCUAACCAUGUCACCUGCAUCUGCGAAGCAUGGUUCGACUGGUGGUUCUGUUAACGGAGGAACGCCAUCUCAGGCAGGUACGGAACCAAGAUCUGCGGUCGAUAUGCCACUUUAUGAUCCUAAUGAUCCUUUACCGGUAAAUAGAUUAAUCAUUCAUCUUGUGGAAGUCUUUUUUGCGCAUCUGGGUUGUAAUUAUCCUUUUUUGUCAAAGAGACAGGAAAAUUUCAAACGUCUGGUGGAAGAAAAGAAAAUCGAACCUAUUCUUGUGGAUGCGGUUUGUGCGUUGGCCGCGAGAUUUUCCGAUCAUCCUCUUCUUACUACUUCGCAUGAGUUACCACAUCCGAAGUCAGAAUAUGGACAGAUUUUUGCCCAAAGAGCUAAAGCGGCUGUUGUGGAUACUUUUCCUUGUCCGACGGUUGGGGCGGUGCAAGCAUGUUUAUUACUUGCUUAUGAGGGAUUUGGUGCAAAUCAAGAUAGUGCGUUAUGGAUGUAUCUUGGAUGUGCUAUACGAAUGGCUGUAGAUCUUGGAUUACAAAAAUUAGACGGAGUUAAACAUCAAGGUCAAAAAGAUCCGGGAUAUCAUAGAUCUUCAACAAAUGAAGGAGAGUCUAGUGAACCAGCAGCCACUAUUACUGCGGAAGAAAAGAAGGAAAUUGAAGAGGAAAGAAUUGAUACGCUCUGGGCAGUUCUAAUGCUAGAUCGUGUCAUCUCUUCCGGCACUGGUCGACCCGUCAGUCUUAAAGAUGAAGAUCUCGAGUUGACACUUCCGUCCGUAUCGAAUAAUUCGGAAGAUGCAUGGCCGGAUCCGUUCCCGGCUCUCAUUAGAAUCAUUCAUUUAUAUGGCAGGGUGUCGGAUUUGUUGAAUCGUAUAAGAGGCGUGGAUGAUGUUACGCAAGGCUUGAUUCAACAGCUUUCGGGCAUGGAAAGGGAUUUGACUAUGUUGUAUCAGAGUUUGGAUCAUCGGUUAGGAUUUACGGCGAGUAAUUUUCAGCAUUUUGUUAAGAGUGGGGAGGGGACGAAUUUUAUACUUGUCCAUUUUUGGUUUCAUACUUUAAUCAUGCUACUUCAUCAACCAACUUUAAUGCAUUCAUUCGAAGGACAAGUUUUACAAUUACUUCCACAUAGUCGAGAACUUAGCAUGUCAUCUGCUAAAACUAUUGCUGAUAUUUUGGCUUUCGCCGAACUUAUUGAUCCAAGAUCAUUUAUUGGAAAUCCAUUUACAUGUCAACCGAUAUAUAUCGCUGGAUGUGCAUUUCUCAAAGAAAUUGCAUUACAUACUUCUCAACCAUCUUCCAGGGAUGCUAGUCCUCGACAUAGCCCGAUCGGUUCAUCGGAUACGGUUAAACCAGGCGGGAAUCAAAGUCAUCAUGGAAAUCAAAAGCAAAAACAUUCAUUACUUGCUGCAGCUGCAAAUCAAAAUUAUCAAAGAUGCCACAAAGCAUUACAGCAUAUAGAAUCAUAUUGGGCUGGUACUCGAUAUAUUCGAGUAGCUAUGGAACAAAAACAAAGUGGAAUAGAUCCACAAGAGGUCGAAACGUAUACCGCGGAAGAGUAUACUGAAGCUACGAAACCGAGACAUGAAAUUAUACCUAAUUGGAGAAGAAAAUUCUCUGCACAUUCACCAAGUCCAGCAUUACCAGGAUCUCCAGCAAUUGACUUAGCACAAGCUAUUGGAUGGUCGCUUACUGGAACAACCAAUUCUCCAAGUUCGAAUUUAACACUUAUGUAUCAAAAUCAAAAUGCAACGGAUCAUCUGGAAAUGAAAUCUCAUAAGGAAUAUGGUCAGGGAAAUAUGAUUUAUGAUCCUAUUAGACAAAGUCUUCCAGAAAAUACGGCAGGAGGUACUUCGACUAGUGGAAGAUUUGAUAAUACAUCAACGAGUGGAAGAUAUGAUAGAUAUACUUCACGAUCGAAUCAAAUGCUUCCUCCAGUACCAAAGUUUAUGCAUGGAACGAAUAUCGAUGCAACAACUACUGCUGAUGCGGAAAUGUUACUGGGACUUGGGGCGGGUAAUUCACCUUAUGCUACACCGGGUAGUAGUUCUCAUCAUUCGUUUGAUCCGGGACAUAGGAAUACUCUUUCUCCAAGACCGGGUUCUGCUAGUACUACUGGAGGAGGAGGAGGAGGUGGUGGUGGUGGUGGUGGUGGUGGUGGUCACAAUCAUAAUAAUACGGCAAACAACUCGCAUGGGAAUAAUAACUUGCAUAAUGGUACGGGGAAUACACAUGGAAAUGCACAUGGAAGUGGAAGUGGAAGUGGAAGUGGAAGUGGAAGUGGAAGUGGAAGUGGAAGUGGAAGUGGAAGUGGAAGUGGAAGUGGAAGUGGAAGUGGAAGUGGAAGUGGAAGUGGAAAUGGAAAUGGAAAUGUAUACGCAGCGCAUACAAAUGGAUACAUGGGAAUGAGUCUAGGAAACAAUAUGGGCGUCGGCGAUAUGAUGAUGGAGAGUCAGGAUAUCGAUAUGAGGGGUUUGGGCGAGGACAUGAUUCCUUGGUUGGAGUAUUUGCCGGGGGAUAUGCUGGGGUUUUUUGAGGGGGUUGGAACUGAGACUAUAUUGGUCUAUACCAUGUGCACGUGCUACGCAGGAACCAUUCACUUUAACAUUUCUAAAUGUGACGGAAAAGUCGUAAACGGAGUCAAUUCAAUCACUUAG